AUGUCGGUCAUCAUUCCCUUGAAGGAUGUUCUAACUCCUGUGGUUGCGGAGCAGUCGGACAAGUCUCAGGCCCAACGGAUUGUCUCGACUUCGUUUGACCAUAUUGAUGAGCCCUCCGAGCCAACAGCUCAGCACCAUAAUACAAGCGCAAUGGAUGGGGUGUCUAUCCCCAAAAAGCCUGAACGAAAUGACCUUGUGCUACCCAUUGGCUCGUGUGACCAUCCACUCUUUCCUCCCCUUCCAUCUUACGGCGCUCCGAAUCUCGCUCGCAAUUUACGAAACUAUGUCGCGAGGGCGGUCUCAUUCCUGCUCUCCCUCAUCUUUUUAACCGCUAUAUUUUUGGGAGCAUUGAUAUCCACAGCUCGAAUGACAUUUCAGGGUGUUAUCGCACGACUGAAACGAGACCACGCCGGUUCGAAACGGGUUUUCCAUGCAGAGGAGCGAAUUCGAAAAACAAAACGAGUGGCAUCGGAGCGGAAGUGGCAUAUUCGGCGACAAAAAAAGCAUGUUGACGAAGAGCAAGGUCCCGAUGAAUGUCCCCCCUUGGAAGGCGGCAAGGACAUGAUCCUUUGCGACGUCGCCUACUAUGCCAGACGCGUCGGUCUCGACGUGGAAACAUUUCGUGUACAAACCGAGGAUGGCUUCAUCAUCACUUUAUGGCACGUGUACAAUCCUCAGGAAUACACAGCUCUAUCUCCGGAGCAGAGGCGUGAGCGAGGUCCCACUGUCUUUGGUACACCGAAGCAAGGGGUUUUAUCUGGGGCUGGAUCUCGCCGCCGAUACCCCGUUCUGUUAGUUCAUGGUCUUCUUCAAAGUGCUGGUGCGUAUUGCACCAACGACGAUGACAGUCUUGCAUUUUUUCUAUGCAAAUCCGGGUACGAUGUCUGGCUGGGCAACAAUCGCUGCGGCUUGAAUCCAGAACACACGACUCUUUCGACCUCUGACCCCCGUAUGUGGUCAUGGGAUAUUCGUCAUCUUGGAACUCUUGACUUAACAGCGCUAACCUCGCGUGUUCUCUAUGAAACCGGGUUCAGCAAGUUAGGCUUGGUGUGCCAUUCCCAAGGCACCACCGAAACCUUCAUAGCAUUGGCCAAAGAGCACCGCGCAGAACUUGGCGAGCGCAUCUCAGUAUUUUGUGCGCUUGCUCCUGCUGCCUAUGCUGGCCCACUCGUUCGCAAGUCCUACUUUCGGUUCAUGGGUAUCCUAUCACCUGAGUUAUUUCGCAUUGUUUUUGGGAUCCAUGCUUUUAUUCCCUUCAUGAUGACAGUCCGUCGAAUUUGCCCUCCCAAAAUAUAUGGAACUCUUGCCUACUGGGUGUUUUCAUCUCUCUUCGGGUGGACCGACGCGCGCUGGGAACGCGAUCUCCGUCAUCGUAUGUUUCAGUUCGCCCCUGUAUACGUCAGUGCGGAAUCCAUGCGUUGGUGGCUAGGCAGUGAGAGCUUUGCGAAACACGGGUGCAUCCUGUCCCCUUCAGAUGAAUCAACAUCGAACCCAAGCCAAUAUUACCCUACGUCAACUGGGAUGGAAUAUGGUGAUGAUCCCCGAGAUCCAUGCCUCGGUUCACAGAGAGAGUGUGCUUGGUUCGGCCCCCAGACGCCCCCGUUUGCUUUGUGGAUCGGUGGCUCUGAUGCCCUCGUUGACGGCCGACGACUUCUGCGUCGCUUUCAAGAUGGGCUUGAACCCCAUGUACGAGUUGUUCACUCAAAAGUGAUCGACGAGUAUGAACACCUCGAUCUUUUGUGGGCUAUGGACGCCAUUGAGCAAGUGGGCAAAGAAGUUCGACAGGUGCUUUGGGCGACCAUGCCUCAAGAUGCUCGUGGCACAUGUCGCAUUCCGAGUGGGGUCCAUUCAGGCCAGCUCGAUGAUUAG